UAAUGACCGAAUCCACAAAAUCCGGUGGUGGACCCAACCUUCGAAACUUGCUCUACACAAUUUGGACAAGUACGGAAUGCGUAUUAUACAAAGUCCUAUUCAAUCGAGUCACUUUAAUAGCCUUCUACGCAUUUUGGUUCUUGUUCGGAGUCCUUGUGCUCAGGAAAACUCAAAAUGCAAUUACUGCAGUGAGAUAUGUGAAAACUCACGGAGAAACUGUUUCACUAUCGUCUAUUGAAGAAUCUCGAGAGUUUGCUGACCUAAUUGACACUUUGGAUAGAAAAUUCUCAAGACCCCCGGCGAUUUUCUUGUUGAAUCAGUAUGCUUUGAAUAUGACCGAUAACUUUUUGUGCAACACAGCGACGCUGGAUGGAGCACAUGAGAGAUUCAUUUUUGUAACUUUGGAUACAGUUGCAAGGGACACUAUUAAGAAACGGUGGCCUGAAAUUCAACAAUUCCACUGGCCAACUCCUUCGCUUUAUAAACCAUUCUCGUUUGCCGAAGGACCAUACCAAACAAUCUAUUUGUUGAGAUCCAAUUUGGCUUUGGCUUUGAUCAAAAAAGGAAAAUCGUUCUGGAUGAUGCAGCAAGAUACAUUCUGGCGUAAAAACAUCUUCGACAUGAACUACGAAGAUGACAUGUCAUAUGACGCGAUUUUCGAUCAAUUGGGUAGUGAAGAAGAGCAUUCAAUGAGAAAAGAAUGGGUGAACGGAGCCAAUUUCUUCAUUCGAGCCAAUAAUGAUACUCAGCUCUUUUUCGAGAGAAUGUCUGAGAAAUUGGCACAUUGGUAUACUCCUGAUAUGGGUAUUAUGAUUCAACAAUGCCAUACGUGGAAGAAGCCUGUGUGUGCUUACAUUCCUCAUAAUGUUGUGUACUCAUGGGAAUGGAUGUUCACCGAGCAGAAAGAUCCACCGUAUUUGAUGCAAUUAGACUGUGAAACUGACGGUGGAUCCAAGUUAAUGCAGUUGGGACGGUACGGGUUCCACUUUGUGAAUCCAGAUGGAACAUGCAAUGAUCAAAAAGUAGCACUUGCCAAGGGAAAAAUGGAAAACGGAACUGUCGAAGUACAAAUGUCAAAAACUCUUCCAUCUUGGGGACGUCUCCAAUUUAAAGCAUACUGGUAUAUUGUCGAUUACAUGCUAUGGACACCAAUUAUUGGAGAAUAUCUGAAACCGUAUUUGGCAAUGAUUGGUUUUAUUCUUAUGAUCACUAUUUAGAUUUUAGCUUGAAAUUAAAACAGUAUUAUUUUAAAGAAACGGGUCCGACUUUGUGAUUUGUGAUGUUGCUCCAAAUUUUUAAACGAUAUUUUUUAAAUUUUUGUCUUUUUCAAGAUGGUUUCUAAUAAAUGUUUUGAAUAUU